UUUUCAUUUCACUCACCUGAAAAGCAAAGCUACGAGUCGAUCUCAAAGAUGAGCGUCAGACCCUGACAGCAUCGAACGCGGCAACUCACACCAAGAACAGACCUCAGGUCUCUUACACAACUCCAUCCUGCAUAGCAAAUACAUGUAUAUCUCUGCAGUAGUACAGGGGUUGAGACGGAUACAUGCAUCACCAGCGUAUACAAUUUGAGCUAGUAUUAGCAGAAGUAUGAAACCAUCUAUUCUGACGUUAAAGUCACCGGAUCUGUUUUCAAGAAAGCCACUUGCUUAAUGAAUCACUCUUUACAUUUAGAAGUUUUAAUGUCAGAUGUGAACUCUGUCAAGACGCAGGUCACAUAUAACUCCAAACCAACCUGCACAAAAAUCGGGAUUGAUCAACAGUAAUCACCAGCUGGAAGCUGCGGUGUUGGUUUAUGCAUAGGCGCUGCAGAUUUUUUUGUUGUUGUUGAAUGAAUCCAUCAGUCUGAAGGGGAACUAUCUCAACAAUUUAAUACAUAAGUUAUUUAAGCUACUUUACUUUAAUAAAUUAUUUACAAAAAGAAAAUUAAUUUAAAAAAAAAACUGCGUCAUGCUUAUUGUUUUAACACGUUGGUAAAGCCGAACAGCAACUGAAUCAGGUAUUUAAUUAAGGCACGGAAAACAACACUUCUGAUUGUAUUCAAAGGCUCGUUAUUCUGGCUGUUCUCAUCAUAUUAUGUCUGCACUUCGAAAGAAAUUUGGUGACGAUUACCAAGUAGUAACCACUUCAUCUAGUGGCUCCGGAUUUACUCAACCAGCACCCAAGAGGAAAAGGCAACGGUUUGUGGACAAGAACGGACGAUGCAAUGUCCAGCAUGGUAACCUGGGGAGUGAAACAAGCAGAUAUCUUUCGGAUUUAUUUACCACCCUGGUAGAUCUGAAAUGGCGCUGGAAUUUAUUUAUUUUUGUUUUGACUUACACUGUAGCGUGGCUUUUCAUGGCAUCAAUGUGGUGGGUCAUAGCCUACAUUCGAGGCGAUCUCUAUAAAGCCCACGAUGAUAAGUAUACGCCGUGUGUUGCCAAUGUCUACAACUUUCCUUCAGCUUUCUUAUUCUUUAUUGAGACAGAAGCCACAAUAGGCUACGGCUUCAGGUAUAUCACUGACAAAUGUCCAGAGGGGAUCAUUUUAUUUCUCUUUCAGUCUAUCCUUGGAUCCAUAGUAGAUGCUUUUUUGAUCGGCUGUAUGUUUAUAAAGAUGUCUCAACCCAAGAAGCGAGCAGAGACCUUGAUGUUUAGUGAACAUGCGGUUAUUUCUAUGAGAGAUGGCAAACUGACUCUCAUGUUCAGGGUGGGCAACCUCCGCAACAGCCACAUGGUCUCAGCUCAAAUCCGCUGCAAAUUGCUUAAAUCACGGCAGACGCCUGAGGGUGAGUUUCUCCCCCUCGAUCAGUUGGAGUUGGAUGUGGGCUUUAGCACCGGGGCUGAUCAGCUGUUUCUCGUAUCCCCCCUUACAAUAUGUCAUGUGAUCGACACCAAGAGCCCCUUCUAUGAACUCUCCCAGAGAUCCAUGCAGACCGAGCAGUUUGAAAUUGUUGUAAUCUUGGAGGGCAUUGUGGAAACCACUGGCAUGACUUGUCAGGCACGGACUUCCUACACUGAGGAUGAGGUUCUUUGGGGCCAUCGUUUUUACCCAGUUAUUUCCCUGGAAGAAGGAUUCUUUAAGGUUGACUACUCCCAGUUCCAUGCAACAUUUGAAGUUCCAACACCUGCGUACAGCGUGAAAGAACAGGAGGAAAUGCUUCUAAUUUCCUCUCCAUUGAUGGCACCUUCCCUGAGCAGCAGUAGGGAAAAGAAUAAUUCUGUUGACUGCUUGGACACCCUCGAGGACACAAGUACCAAGCUACCAUCCAAACUGCAGAAGAUGACAGGAAGGGGUGACCUGCCCAGAAAGUUGCUAAGGAUGAGCUCCACAACCUCUGAAAAAGUCUACAGCUUUGGGGAUUUGUCCAUGAAGCUUCAGCGUAUCAGCUCUGUCCCUGGGAACUCAGAGGAAAAACUUGUAUUAAAGACCACAAAGAUGAGCUCUGACCUUAUGAGCCAAUCAGUAGCGGACUUGCCCCCUAAACUGCAAAGACUUGCUGGUGGUGGGAGAAUGGAGGGGCAUCUACCCCCAAAACUGAGAAAAAUGAAUUCAGACCGAUUUACAUAACUAGAAUACCUUGUUUUCUCUUGGCACUAUGUUACUUUUUAAUAAAAAGGACAAGUUUCUGAAAUUUGAGAACAGAUGAUAUAUAUUUAUUAUUUGCUAGGGGAAAUGAAUUUAGCAUUACAUUCUUGGCUGUAAGUAUAAAUGCUUUAAAAGAGACUUUUUUUAAGGUAGUUUUAUUAUUAGCAUAAACUGGCAUGUAAGUAUCACAGCGCAUGGAAUACUGCAUAUACUUUUUAUCUUGCAAAAAAUAACAUUAAAAAAAUAAAUUUAAGAGCCAAAUUCUGGUCUAAACUUCUUCCAAAACAAAGGAGAUGUAUGUUAAUAACAGAUGCAGAAGAGGGUAAGUUAUGAUUUACUUUUAAUUAUUUAAUUGUAUGUAAAAUUGUGUUUUAGAAAUAAUAUUUUUAAAUGCAUGUUUUGGUUAUGGAAAUAGAGAAGAAGGGAGAUAGCCAAAUAUUUAGCCUAAACUUAUAUUACCUGUUUUCUUGACAGUUUAUUAACAAUUUUGUUUUUUGUUGUUUAAUAUUUGUUCUUCUGGUUUAAUGAUAGUUUAUCUUGUGGCAGAGCUGGCAUUUGUUAAGGCUGGGCCAAAAUUGUAUCUCAAUACCCAACUUUUUUUUAAACUGGAUGAUUUCAUGUAAAAAAAACAAACAAACAAAAAAAAAACCCACAGAGGAUUGGCACUAUAUAGUAUAGUAUGAGAUAUUAAAUAAUAUAUUUAAUCCCAAAAGUUGAUAGACAUCAGAAGCUAACAUCCCUAGUACAAGAUUAAACAUUUUAAACAUUUCAAACUUUACUACAAAAAAAAGGUAGCAAUAACGAUAUGCAGACAAUUAUAUUUUGUAAAUGCUUUUUAGAUAAAUUGAUGUAAGAUAAAUCUGUUGUGGCCAAACAUGAGGUUACUGUAUUUGCACUAUGAUGAAAAUCUUAACGAAUUACAGAUAAUUUUACAUUUUAUUUUGUCAGUCAAUAUAAAUAUUAAAUACUUUACUAUAACCAGAUUCAGGAUGUUAAACCAAAGAACACCCCAGGUGAUUUAUAUUUGGUGUACUUUAAAUUGCAGAUCAAAAUGUACGUUAGUGUUACUAUAGCGGUGCAAACAUGCGGACACGGUCAAGAAAUCUCUGCUGACACAAAACACUGUAUUGACUGACAAAAAAUAAACUGGUCAUUUGAUAUGGGGUAAAUGAUAUAAUAGCCAAGUUAUACGUGGAUACAUACAAGUUAUAGGAUAUAGAGAGAGAGAGAGAGAGAGAGAGAGAGAGAGAGAGAGAGAGAGAGAGAGAGAGAGAGAGAGAGAGAGAGAGAGAGAGAGAGAGAGAGAGAGAGAGAGAGAGAAU